AUGGCACCAAGCAAGAUAAAGAACUUUUUCGCAAAGAAAAAGGCCGAAGCCAAACUAAAGUUUGGCGGCGCUGGACCGGGUCGAAAGCUUAAUUCCGCCGGUCCGGCUCCAUCCUCCUCGAAAUCGGCCGCACCGACGCAGCACGAUGUGUACGUGCCGCCGAAACGGAGCGAAAUAUCGGCCGAAGCCAAGGUAGCUGCCGCUGCCGCCCUGGCACGGUUCGAGGGGAAGGACAAGAAAGAAUUCAACACGUCGCUCGCGGCCAUCCGGGCACAGGUUCGCAAAGAGCUGGAGGCCGAAAAGAAAGCCAAAGAAGCGGAAUCUGCCGAGCAGCAGGAAGAGCGACAGGAGUCGGAGUCUCGGAAAGAUUUCGCCGUUCAGGGCGUUUACUUCCGGUGUCCGAUGAUCGACGACGAGGUGCUGCCGCGCAAGGAGUGGAAAGGAAAGAUCAAGGAGUUCCUCUACGAGCAACUGGCGGCCGACCGGGGGCUCACCGCUUGCCUCAUCAUCUACAACUGCAACCCCAAAGAGAAGGCCGAAGUGUGCAUCGAAACGCUGACCAAGUGCAUCGAAAACAUCAUAAACCACCCGAACGAGGAGAAGUACAGAAAGCUUCGGAUGACCACUCGGACGUUCUGUGACAAGAUUAAGGUGUGCGACGGUUCGAUGGAGUUUCUGCACGCGGCCGGCUUUGCCGAGAUCGAACUGGACGGUGAACCGCAUCUGAUCUGGUCGGAAGAUAACAUCGACCCGGACUGUUCGGUGGAAAUGCUGCUGGAGGCCCUCAAAGCGUCGGAACCGAUUCACCUUGAGCUGGAUCGCAACCUGCAGGUGCUGCUACCGUCACAAGUGAAACGUAGCCAUCUGCCGCCAGACUUUUUCCGCAUAUCACCCGAGGAACUGAAACGGGAACAGCAACUGCGCACCGAAGCACUGGAACAGGCGCAGAUGCUCAAGACGAAGGCUAUGCGCGAAAAGGAGGAACUGCGUACGAUCAAUCGGUACAAGUUUUGCCUGUUGCGCGUACGCUUCCCGAACGGUGUGUACCUGCAGGGGACAUUUAACGUUUACGAGAAACUCGCCCAGCUGUACGAGUUCGUGCAGUCCUGUCUCAUGCACGAGUCGGCCGAAUUUAGCCUCGUACCGACCGGAGGCCAGAAAUGUUCUGGACCGGAGGAGAUGAACAAAUCACUGUACGAUCUCCGGUUCGUGCCGACGAUGGUGUUUAAUUUUAACUACGAGAACGAGUCGAAGGCACUGACGGACUUUCUGAAGGAAGAACUGAUGUUACUGAUUCAAUCAUUCUAACUCUCUCGGGGCCUUCGAACUCGAUUAUUCGAUCUGCGAGUACACGACGCCACCGGUGAAAGUGAUUCUAGCUUCUUGAGAAGAUCGUUAGGUUUGCUCGUCGAUGUGAUAGUCACGAGCAAAGGCGGAUGUGGUGGUUCAUUAUGUGUGAAGUUAAAUUAUUUUUGUUAUCAAUCCAACUAUCCGGCUAUCCGCGUUGCGUAAGUAGCAGCAGCAAUGUUCCAGAGUCCGAGCAGAACCAGAGAGUGUACCAACUAUUAGGUGUGUAUAAUUGUAAUUGCAAAUAAACAUGAAACGUUCAA